UUUUGGUUUUUCGCAUUCCGGUUCGAGCUGCGCGUUCAUCGGCAAGUUUUGUUUUGUGUUUACUGUUUUGAUUAGAAGACGCGCGUAUUAAUAACAAGCGAACUGUAGCCAUACGAUGGAUGUAGCCAACUCUCCAUUUAAGUCUAGAAGUAUCGUGCUGUAAUCCUCGAAAACGUAAAAUGCUAGACUUCUGCUAUCGGAAACCAACCAUUCUCAGAUUAGUAAGAAAUCACCAAAUAGUUUUACUCUGAUCUGAUUGUCCGGUCGUUGACACCUGUUGAAAUUAGGAGGGCCUGAACUGUUAAGCGCGUUUUCAGCAGAUGCACACUGAUAAUAUCGCGGUGGAGCUGCACCAUCAACAAACUUUGAACAUGUUGCCUUCAAAUUCAUCCUCCUCCAAGGGCGCCAACAUCAUUCAACUGCCAGAAGAAACACCAGUCGUCCUACCGUUGCCACCUCGCCGGGAAGAUGAACCAGACACAGAUCCACUUGCUAUGACCACCCCGGCCGCUGAGAAGUUGCCCAUAAUCUCCCAUGUAACUUCUCUUCGCCAGCCCCAAAAACCUGAACCGAAGCCGACUAUACCAAGGAUUGAAUCAGUUUGUUCAAUCAACUCGGUAAGGCCCAAGAUUACCGUCAAAACUGCAGCUCAACUCUCGGCAUCAGUACCGCCACCGGUGCGACAACAACUCUCAACACCGAUACGUCCGUCAGUACGCCAGCGACUCACGACACCGGCGCGUCCAAUAGUACGGCAGCGACUCUCGACACCAGUACGACAUCAACUCUUACAACCUAUGUCCUCGCCGGUUCGGCAGCAACUCCCGGCGCCUAGACUCAACCUGCAUCCAGUCGGUCAGCAGCAAAUGCUGCAAAUUAUUUCUCCAAUAGAGAACCCCCAACCCGUGGAAAUCCAAAUUGUAAUGAACCCGAAUUCAGCACAGCCGCACCUCAUAUUGACUCCCACUUCGAAACCUUCACAAUUUUCCGUAACUCAGAACGCCCAGGGGGAACCAGUUCUCAUCACCCAGCAAGUGCAAGGCCAAUCCAUAUUCUUUCCAGACCGACAGUUCGUAUUAACACCGACCAUUGCUCCAUCAGCCAUAGUGACGCAACCUCAAAAUAACGUGCUUGUUACCACAAAUGCUAGCACUCUCCGAUCCAACGAUAUCCCAACAACUCUUGCAGCAAAGCCAGUUGUCCCUCAACCGCUUGUUCAAAAUAAGACCCCAGCAAAUCCACAAGCCCAAAUACAAACCCCAAAUCUCACAGCACCCCAAGUGCCACUUCAAAACCCGCCUGCUCCUUCGGCAUGUUACCAGAUAGCCGAAACCAGUGCCGAAGCGGCCCAGUUCACAGAGAAAUUGGCCCGCCAAGCGAUCGCGGCAGUGAAGGAAGAUAUCACGAAAGCGCAGCAGAAGUCGCGAGCGGUGCAGAAAAAGCUUGACUUGCUCAAACUGAAAGUGACCACUUACGAGGCUUUCGUUGAAAAACUAGUCAAAAAGAACAUAAUUUCGUCGAAAUCUGCGAGGCUAUGUCGUGUACUGCCGGAAGACGUGGCGAAAUAUAAAAUGCGGAGACAGUUGCGAGGAAAAUCUAACCAACAGGAGGAUCGCAAUAAGAACGGGAGUAGGGAGGACACGAGCAAGAAAAAUAAAGAGCCCGUGGGAACUCGGGACACCUCGACUGCCAUAGAUCAUGACUAUCUGUAGUGAAUAUGUUGGCGAGGAAAUGCCUUCCUUUCGGUUUAAGUUUACACUUUCUGUAAGUUAUGUUGAAUAUAAAAAUAUACUUCAAACAA